CGUUGCAAAGGCUGAUGACGCGGAGUCCGACAGUCGUAGAGUGAGUGAAGGGAGCAGGUUGACAACAGUCCGAGAUUUCUUAGCUCAAAACAGUUGUUUGCAGGUUACAGCUGGACUUAACGCACAAGCUGGAAGGUGUCAGCGCCGCCUGGGUGCCCAGGGAUCCACUGCCCGAGUGCGGCCAGAGCGCCGGCCGAGACCCCGGAGACAUGAACCACACCAAGGGGGGCCUGGUCAUCUUCACCGCCAACUCGCACGCGUCCAGCCGGGAGCUGGGGAAGCGGAUCGCAGAGCGGCUGGGGGUGGAGCUUGGAAAAGUGCAGGUGUACCAGGAAGCCAACAGAGAAACGCGGGUGCAGAUCCAAGAGUCGGUGCGAGGAAAAGACGUCUUCGUCAUCCAGACGGUGUCCAAGGAUGUCAACACCACCAUCAUGGAGAUGCUGAUCAUGGUGUACGCCUGCAGGACGUCCUGCGCCCGCAGCAUCACCGGCGUCCUCCCCUACUUCCCCUACAGCAAGCAGUGCAAGAUGAGGAAGAGGGGCUCCAUCGUCUCCAAGCUGAUGGCCUCCAUGAUGUGUAAAGCGGGUCUCACCCACCUGAUCACCAUGGACCUCCAUCAGAAAGAGAUCCAAGGUUUCUUCAACAUCCCGGUGGACAACCUAAGAGCGUCUCCCUUCCUGCUUCAGUACAUCCAGGAGGAGAUUCCAGAUUACAGGAACGCCGUCAUCGUGGCCAAGUCCCCUGCUUCUGCUAAAAGGGCGCAGUCCUUCGCCGAGCGGUUGCGUCUGGGCAUCGCGGUGAUCCACGGCGAAGCUCAGGAUGCCGAGUCCGACCAGGUGGACGGGCGACACUCCCCGCCGACCGUCAAGACCACGGGGGCCAUCCACCCCAGCAUGGAGAUCCCACUGCUGAUCCCCAAAGAGAAGCCCCCCAUCUCCGUGGUAGGGGAUGUGGGAGGACGCAUCGCCAUCAUCGUGGAUGACAUCAUCGAUGACGUCGACAGCUUCGUGGCGGCGGCAGAGACGCUGAAGGAGCGAGGCGCCUACAAAAUCUUUGUCAUGGCGACACACGGGCUCCUGUCCUGCGAAGCGCCGCGCUUCAUCGAGGAGUCGGCCAUCGACGAGGUGGUGGUGACCAACACGAUCCCUCAUGAGCUUCAGAAGCUUCAGUGUCCAAAGAUCAAAACGGUGGACAUCAGCAUGAUCCUGUCAGAGGCCAUCCGCCGCAUUCACAACGGGGAGUCCAUGUCCUACCUGUUCCGCAACAUCGGCGUGGACGACUGAACGGCGGCGGCGCUCGCUCGCUCACGCAGGCAGAAGCACCCCAAUGCACCUCCAACCGUCUCUCUGUGUCUGCGGGGACUCGCACGCUUCAUCCACCCGCUCCAUGUCCCCGCCUGCAAGGACCCCCCAGGACCUUCAGGCACCCACAGGCCUGCGCGUUUCCUCAUCUCUGCCCCGCCCCCCCGCGGCUCACCUGGACCAGGUGUGUUCCACCAAUCAGCGGGCGGAAAAGAAGCGGGGUUCUGUUAUUCUGCCUCCAGGAGUUUCUGUUACCUGCAGCAGCUUCGUGAAACCUUCUCACCUCCAUUUUUCUCACACACUUUCAAAGUAAAAGCUUCUUAACUUAUUAUAUUCUAAAAAUUUUUUUUAUACAUUUAUUAAUUUUUUGUUUUACUUUAGGUAUGAAAAAAAAUCAUUAGCAACCCCCCCCACACACACACACCUACUUAAAAAUGUUUUCAUUUUUUUGACCUCACCAAUCGUCCAGAGGACAGGAAACAGGAAGUGCAUCGACCUUCUAGUGCUUAGUGAUCAGCUCUUAUUUUGGAGGAUUCAUCUUCACUCAGCAGAUGAUUGAAGCAACAGAUUUGCUCCGUUCUGUUGUUUCAAUUUCGCUUUUCUUCCGUCUGAAUCUCUGUUGCUGGUAAAGAGAUUAAAAUGUCAGGUUGUUGGUGCCUUCAGCAGAUCUUCAUCACACAGACAUUCAUCACAUAGAUCUUCAUCACGCAGACCAUCAUCACACAGAUCUUCAUCACGCAGAUCUUCAUCACAUAGAUCUUCAUCACGCAGACCUUCAUCACACAGAUCUUCAUCACGCAGACCUUCAUCACACAGAUCUUCAUCACGCAGACCUUCAUCACAUAGACCAUCAUCACACAGAUCUUCAUCACGCAGACCCUCACCUGCUUCCUGGAGGAGGGCGGUUCCUAGAGCUGGUAGUGUUUAAGUGCAGGUCUCCAUUUAAACCCCAAAAAGCUCAGAUCUGUCUAAUGCACUAAACUGGACUGGUUCAUCUUUGUGCCAUCAUCAUCAUCACAGAGCUUCCUCACAACAGAUUCAAGAUUCUAGAAACGGCUCUGAAGUUUUCAACCAGACCCAAGUUCAGGAAGUUCUUCUCAGGUCCGUAGGAGAGGCCUUUUCCUGAAGUUCUGGACGUUUUUGGUCCUUAAAUCAGAGAGGAGAGCAUCCUCGUUUCAUUUGAAACUCCGUUGAGGAGAAAACGGAAGCAGAAGUUCAACCUUUAUUCUGAAAAACUUGACUGAAGCAGGACUUUGUCACGUUCCAAGAAAACGUUUUUGUAUUUAUUUUUAGUUGUUACUGUUGGUAGAUGAAGCCUCCCCGUAUUUGUGAAUCCUAGCUUAAUAAAUGUGCACGUGUACUUUCUUUUUACACAAAUAAAUGUUACAACCUCAGA